AUGUUUUAUCCAAUGAGAUUUGAUUGGAACAAUGGUUUUAUUAGCAAGGAUAAUCUAGAAUUAAUGAGACAAAUGCUUAAAAAUCUAAAUUUCUUACCUUAUGAUGAAUUUACCAACUUCGAAAAAAUAUCAUCAGAAUUGAAAUCAAUCGUGGAAAUGUAAAAUGAAAGAAAUAAGAGAUACUAAUUAAAGAAGAAAAGAGAUCUUAAUUUCAAAGAUACUUAGAGAUAGUUUUAAUCUCAAAGAUGUCAGAUUUAACCAAGUUAAAGUACAAAGAAGGAAAAUUAAAGCUCUUAUGAUAAUUAAGUUAAUUAGAUAAGUUCAAAGACUAUUCCUUACCAGCAAUAAGCUCUCAUUAAUAAAGCAGAAAAGCAAAUUCAAGAUGGAGAGUCAGCUUUAUAAACAAAAAAGCUAUCUCUAUUGUAAAGUAAUGAUCGAGGUAACUUAAUAAAAAAUAGAGUUUCAUUUUAGAUAGAAUAGCAAAAUCAAUAGGAAUUAGUAGAAUUAUUAACAGAAACAGAGGAGGAAUAGGAGGACGAAAUUUAGAAUAAGAUUUAUAAUAAAUAGCUUUCAAAUAUCUAGAGUUAGGAUUCAAGGAUUGAUAUUUGCGGAAGCUAGCAUGAUUAAAUACCUAAUUAACUCCCAUAAAACGAGAGCCCUCUUGUUUCUUAAUUUCAUCAAACCUAAGCAGUUACAAGUUCAAAACGGCUUUCAUCCAAAAACAUUGUGGGUUCAAGAAGAGCGACAAGGAAUUAAAAAUCAAGGAAUACUUAGAGUUGUGUUUCUACAAAUGAAAAGAAUAAGAAAAGAUCUUCUAAAGCUUCAACAAAAGAGAAGAAAAAAAGGCUUAAAAAAUUAAAAGACUAAGAAAUUACAACUUAAGAAUUAGUAGAGGAGCCAUAGGAGAAUUAAUAGCUAGGAUAACUAGAACAGACGGAAUAAACUGAAAAAAUUGACAAUAUUAUGGAAUAGAAAGAAAAUGAUGAGGAGAUGCGAGUGGAGAAUAUGCUUAAAGAAGAAGAUAAUUUAGAUGAUUUUAAUCAAGGUUAAGUUGCAGGGAAGUAUUAUAAACUAGAGUUCAAUGGUAAAUCUUUGCUUUUGCUUGAAGCUGAAUCAUUACAGAAUAUUAGAAGUCUACAAAUAAAAUACAGUGAUUAGUCAGAUCCAAGACAUUUAGUAUUUCAAGAGUCAACAGGCAAUCUCAUAAAAGUAGGGUUGCCAAUUUGA